GUAUAGCGGCAAUGUGCACACGGCUACAAUCCAAGUAAUCGAAGUGAUAAAAAUUAUAUGUACAAUAUAAUAAUAACUACGUGAAAACAUGACUUAUUUUCACUCCGUAAACGCCGGUGUGAUUCCGCCACCGGCUCUGACGGACAAGCUUCGUCUGUACCAUGUCGACAUGAACCCGUACGGUCACAGGGUGCUCCUCGUCCUCGAAGCCAAGAGGAUCAAGUAUGAGGUCUACAGGCUCGACCCGCUGAGGCUGCCGGAGUGGUUCCGUGCGAAGAACCCCAGAUUGAAGAUUCCGGUGCUGGAGAUUCCUACGGACCAGGGGGACAGGUUCCUCUUCGAAAGCGUCGUGAUCUGCGAUUACCUGGAUGAGAAGUACACGAGGCACACGCUCCACUCCCACGACCCUUACGUCAAGGCCCAGGACCGGUUGCUGAUCGAAAGAUUCAACGAGCUCAUAAAAGGCAGCCUAGAAUGCUUCGACACGAACUUCGCUUUCGGAAGUGAGCAGAUCAUCCAGACGCUGGAGAUCUUCGAGAAGGAAUUGACUAACAGAGGUACAAAUUACUUCGGCGGUAACCGGCCUGGAAUGCUGGACUACAUGGUCUGGCCUUGGGUCGAGAGGCUGUACCUCCUGAGGUGUGUCAACGAUAGAAAAUUCGUGGAGAAGAAAUCGCUUUUCCCUAAUUUCGCGGACUGGGGUGAUCAAAUGCAACUAGAUGAUAUCGUUAAGAAGCACGCGCAUUCGCCUCAAGAGUAUUUCGAUUACUACAAAAACGCUAGAGCGCAUUCUAUGGGCUAUUAUUUGUAGAUUCGAACCAUUAAUCCGGUGGGGUCCUCUCUCGUCCUGGCCACGGAAACGUUUACUUAGAAUAUGAAUGUCGAAACUGGACUUGUUAUUGUGUGGCUGUAUGGCUCUUGAGCCUGAGAAGAGACUUAUUAAAAAAAAAAUCUGGCCGCCAUUUUGUUUUCCUUAAGGGAUUACGGAGAGUUGUUAUCUGAAUCUAUUAUAAUCUAUAUUACGGAGGGUGCAAUGGAAUCUGUAAUAUCUUAUAGAAAAACGUCAGCCUAAAUGAAUUAAAUAAUAGUUCUUAUUGCGAUGAUUGUAAAAUUUUAAAUUAUCUGUAUGAAGAGAAAUUGAAAAAAAAAUAUGAUUUUCCAAAAAUUCAGUUUAAACCUUCAAGUUUUAAUUCUGAUUAAAAAAAAUUAAUAAGGGCGCGAACUAUUUGCAUUAAAAUUCCAACUUUUAAUAUUUUUUUCAAUUUUGCUACAGUAGCGCCAUCUUCAAGUUUCUUUUUUUAUUGCCAUUGUAAGCGGACGAGCAUACGGCCCACUUGAUGGUGGAAAAGGCAGCAGAACAUUUAGAGACUGUUGUCAAUGUCAAAGUCAA